AUGUCCAGCAAGGCUGACAAGAAGCGGAAAGUGACUAGCCGGGGAAGCGCCCGCCGGCGAGCUGCCCAGUCUGCUCUGGACGCACAGGUCGAGGAGAUCACGUUGCCAGCCAGCAGCGAGGUCCAGGCGGAGCCCGAGAUCGUCAAGGAAGAGCCUGAGCCAAUAUUGGUGGAACCUGAAAUACAGAAAGAAGAAUUAGAGGAGCGUGAGGUGGAUGUGAAGCCCCUCUUCCUGUCCCGAGCUGUGCUGACAGGACUGGCGGACGCCACAUGGACAGAGGAGCACAGCGCUGUUCUGGAACACUUUGCCCAGGACCCUUCAGAGCCCAUCCUCACCAUCUUCAUCGACCCUUAUAUGGGGCUGAAGCUAGACCUGGGAAUGCCUGUGCAGACCCAGAACCAGAUUGUCUACUUCAUUCGCCAAGCCCCGGUCCCCAUCACUCCAGAGAACUUUGAGGAGACGGUACAGUUUGGGACAGUGCGGGGUGCCUACAUCCCAGCCCUGCUUCGGCUGCUCAAUGGCGUCUUUGCCCCUCAGAUCUUUAAAAACACAACCUGGCCCGAGAGCAUUCGAAAUCAUUUUGCUUCUCACCUGCACCGGUUCUUGGCCUGCCUGACAGACACUCGGUACAAGCUGGAGGGGCACACCGUCCUCUACAUCCCCACAGAGGCCAUGAACAUGAAGCCUGAGGUGGUGGUUAAAGACAAAGAGCUGGUGCAGCGACUAGAGACCUCCAUGAUCCACUGGACACGGCAGAUAAAGGAGGUGCUCAGUGCCCAGGAGUCGGUGGAGACAGGAGAAAACUUAGGUCCUUUGGAAGAGAUUGAGUUUUGGCGCAACCGAUGCAUGGACCUGUCUGGCAUCAGCAAACAGCUGGUGAAGCCAGGAGUGAAGCACAUCGAGUCCAUCCUGCGUCUCGCCAAGUCAUCCUAUCUGGCGCCCUUCAUGAAGCUGGCCCAGCAGAUUCAGGAUGGCUCUCGUCAAGCACAGUCAAACCUGACUUUCUUGUCAAUCCUGAAGGAGCCUUACCAGGAACUGGCAUUCAUGCGGCCAAAGGACAUCUCUAGUAAACUCCCAAGGCUGAUCAGCCUCAUCCGUAUCAUCUGGGUCAACUCUCCCCACUACAAUACUCGGGAGAGACUGACUUCCCUCUUCCGGAAGAUGAGCAAUGAGAUCAUUCGCCUGUGCUGCCAUGCCAUCUCCCUGGACAGCAUCUUUGAGGGCUACGUCAUCUCUAGCAAGGAGGACCUACAAGGCUGCAUCUCUUGCUGUCACGCUUGGAAGGACCACUACCUUCGGGCUGUGCAGACACAUACCCAGUUCUCCACCCGGGGCUGGAUCCUAGACCAGACCAGCAUAUUUGCCCAGGUUGAUGCCUUUGUACAACGCUGCAAGGACCUCAUCGAGGUAUGUGACUGUCAGUACCAUUUUGCCCGCUGGGAAGAUGGAAAGCAAGGGCCCCUCCCCUGCUUCUUCGGUGCCCAGGGGCCCCAGAUAACACGGAACUUGCUGGAGAUUGAAGACAUCUUUCACAAAAACCUGCACGUGCUGCGAGCUGUCCGCGGGGGCAUCCUGGACGUCAAGAACACUUCUUGGCAUGAAGACUACAAUAGGUUCCGGGCUGGAGUCAAGGACCUGGAGGUGAUGACUCAGAACUUGAUCACCUCGGCCUUCGAGUUAGUCCGUGAUGUGGAGCACGGGGUGCUACUGCUGGACACCUUCCACCGGCUCUCAGCCCGAGAGGCCAUCAAGCGAACAUAUGACAAGAAAGCUGUGGACCUCUACAUGCUGUUCAAUAGUGAGCUGGCGCUCGUAAACCGUGAGCUGAACAAGAAGUGGCCCUACCUGGAGCCCUACAUGGCCCAGUACUCAGGGCAGGCCCACUGGGUGCGCAUCCUACGGCGUCGCAUCGACAGAGUUAUGAACUGUCUUUCCAAUGCUCAUUUCCUGCCCCACAUCGGGACCGGAGAGGAGAGUGUGCACACCUACCAGCAGAUGGUUCAGGCCAUUGAUGAAUUGGUGCGAAAAACCUUCCAAGACUGGACAGCCACGCUGGACAAAGACUGCAUUCAGCGGCUGGACACGCCAUUGCUACGAAUCAGUCAGGAGAAGGCAGGCAUGCUGGACGUGAACUUUGACAAGACCCUGUUGAUCCUCUUUGUGGAGAUCGACUACUGGGAGCGGUUGCUGUUCGAGACACCCCAUUACGUGGUGAAUGUGGCUGAACGUGCCGAGGACCUGCGCGUUCUUCAAGAAAACCUGCUGCUUGUCGCUCGGGACUACAACAGGAUCAUUGCCAUGCUGUCCCCAGACGAGCAGGCCCUGUUCAAAGAACGUAUCCGGUUCCUGGAUAAGAAGAUCCACCCUGGGCUCAAGAAGCUGCACUGGGCCUUGAAGGGGGCCAGUGCUUUUUUCAUCACAGAGUGCCGCAUACAUGCCAGCAAGGUACAGACGAUCGUGAAUGAGUUCAAGGCAUCCACUCUGACCAUCGGCUGGCGAGCCCAAGAGAUAUCAGAGACACUGCUGGUGCACAUCAGUGGCAAACGGGUAUACAGGGACAUGGAAUUUGAGGAGGACCAAAGAGAGCAUAGGGCAGCCAUUCAACAGAAAUUGAUGAGCCUGCAUCAGGAUGUGGUGGCCAUCAUGACCAACUCCUAUGAAGUCUUCAAGAAUGACGGCCCCGAGAUUCAGCAGCAGUGGAUGCUGUACACGAUUCGGUUGGACCACAUGAUGGAGGAUGCUUUGAGGCUGAACGUGAAGUGGUCUCUGUUGGAACUGUCCAAGGCCAUCAAUGGGGAUGGCAAGACCACCCCCAACCCACUCUUCCGAGUGCUUGUCAUUUUGAAGAAUGAUCUUCAGGGAGGUGUGGCCCAGGUGGAGUUCUCACCCACUCUGCAGACCUUGGCAAGUGUGGUCAAUGACAUUGGCAACCACCUCUUCUCCACCAUCUCUGUCUUCCGCCACCUCCCUGAAAUUCUCAUCAAGCGCAAGUUUCAGCGUGAGCCCAUCCACACCAUCGUGGAGCGGGAUGAGGACAUCAAGAAGAUCCAGGCCCAGAUCAGCAGUGGCAUGACCAACAAUGCAAGCCUGCUGCAGAACUACCUCAAGACCUGGGACAUGUACCGAGAGAUCUGGGAGAUCAACAAGGACUCCUUCAUCCGCCGAUAUCAGCGUCUCAACCCGCCUGUCUCUUCCUUUGAUGCUGACAUUGCCCGCUACACAGAGGUGGCUAAUAAUGUGCAGAAGGAGGAGACGGUCCUCAACAUCCAGUUUGUGCUCCUGGACUGCUCGCACCUCAAGUUCUCGCUGGUGCAGCACUGCAACGAGUGGCAGAACAAGUUCACGACCCUGCUCAAGGAGAUGGCGGCCAGGCGGCUCCUGGAGCUGCACACCUACCUGCAGGAGAACUCGGAGAAAAUCAGCCGCCCUCCCCAGACCCUGGAGGAACUAGGGGUCAGUUUGCAACUCAUGGAGACCCUGCAGCACGAACUGCCCACCAUGGAAACCCAGAUCCCUCCCAUUCACGAGCAAUUUGCCAUCCUCGAGAAGUACGAAGUGCCAGUCGAGGACAAUGUGCUGGAAAUGCUGGACAGUCUCGGUGGGGAGUGGGUUGCCUUCCAGCAAACACUGCUGGACAGUGAACAGAUGCUGAAGAAACACAAGGAGAAGUUCAAGACAGGCCUCAUUCACUCAGCUGAUGACUUCAAGAAGAAAGCACACAAUCUUCUGGAAGAAUUUGAAGGCAAAGGCCCCUUCACCAGCAGUGUGGGGCACCAGGCAGCCCUGGAGCAAAUUGCCCAUGUGCGGGCCAUGCUGAAUGCCAUGCGGGAGGAAGAAAACAUCCUCCGUGCCAACCUGGGCAUCUUCAAGAUCGAGCAGCCAGCCUCCAAAGACCUGCAGAACCUGGAGAAGGAGCUGGACGCGCUGCAGCAAGUCUGGGAGAUCACCCGAGACUGGGAGGAAAACUGGAACCAGUGGAAGGCAGGCCGGUUCCUGACCCUGCAGACAGAGGCCAUGGAGACCAUGGCCCAUGGGCUGUUUCGCCGCCUCACUAGACUGGCCAAAGAGUACAAGGACCGAAACUGGGAAAUUAUUGAAACCACUCGCUCCAAAAUAGAGCAGUUCAAGAGGACCAUGCCGCUCAUCUCAGACCUGCGAAACCCCGCCCUUCGAGAGCGGCAUUGGGAUCAGGUCAGGGAUGAGGUCCAACGUGAGUUUGAUCAGGAAUCAGAAAGCUUCACCUUGGAGCAGAUCGUGGAGCUUGGGAUGGAUCAGCAUGUAGAGAAAAUUGGGGAGAUCUCUGCCUCAGCCACCAAAGAGCUGGCUAUAGAACUGGCAUUACAGAACAUUGCCAAGACCUGGGAUGUGAUUCAGCUUGACAUAGUGCCCUACAAGGAUAAGGGCCAUCACCGACUCAGAGGGACAGAAGAAGUAUUCCAGGCCCUGGAAGAUAACCAGGUGGCUCUGUCUACCAUGAAGGCAUCUCGCUUUGUCAAGGCCUUUGAGAAAGAUGUGGACCACUGGGAGUGCUGCCUCUCCCUCAUCUUGGAAGUGAUUGAGAUGGUGCUCACAGUGCAGCGUCAGUGGAUGUACCUCGAGAACAUCUUCCUGGGAGAGGACAUCCGGAAGCAGCUGCCCAAUGAAUCAGGCUUAUUCGACCAAGUCAAUGGCAACUGGAAGGCCAUUAUGGACCGGGUGAACAAGGACCCCAAUGCUCUCCGGAGCACCCACUAUCCAGGCCUCCUGGACACAUUGAUAGAAAUGAACACAAUCCUUGAAGACAUCCAAAAGUCCCUAGAUAUGUAUUUGGAGACCAAGCGCCAUAUUUUCCCCCGCUUCUAUUUCUUGUCCAAUGAUGACCUCCUGGAGAUUCUGGGCCAGUCCCGCAACCCGGAGGCUGUGCAGCCACAUCUCAAAAAAUGCUUUGACAACAUCAAACUGCUGAGAAUGCAGAAGGUUGGGGGACCCAGCAGCAAAUGGGAAGCGUUGGGAAUGUUCUCAGGUGACGGUGAAUACAUCGAUUUCCUCCACCCAGUGCUUCUGGAAGGGCCUGUGGAGUCCUGGCUUGGAGAUGUGGAGCGGACCAUGAGAGUGACCCUCCGGGACCUUCUCCGGAACUGCCGCCUGGCCCUCAAGAAGUUUCUCAACAAGAGGGACAAGUGGGUGAAGGAGUGGGCUGGCCAGGUGGUGAUCACCGCCAGUCAGAUCCAGUGGACGGCCGAUGUCACCAAGUGCCUGCUGACAGCUAAGGAGCGGGCAGACAAGAAGAUCCUCAAGGUCAUGAAGAAAAAGCAGGUGUCAAUACUGAAUAAGUACUCUGAGGCCAUCAGGGGGAACCUGACCAAGAUCAUGCGCCUCAAAAUUGUGGCCCUGGUGACGAUAGAAGUCCACGCCCGGGAUGUGCUGGAGAAGCUUUACAAGAGUGGCCUCAUGGAUGUCAGCUCCUUCGACUGGCUCAGCCAACUGCGCUUCUACUGGGAGAAGGAUCUCGACGACUGUAUGAUCCGUCAGACCAACACACAGUUCCAGUAUGGUUAUGAGUACCUGGGUAAUUCUGGUCGGCUCGUCAUCACCCCCCUAACCGACAGGUGUUACAUGACACUGACCACAGCCCUGCACCUGCAUCGAGGCGGAUCCCCCAAAGGUCCCGCAGGCACAGGGAAGACUGAGACGGUCAAGGACCUGGGCAAGGCCCUCGGCAUAUACGUCAUCGUGGUCAACUGCUCCGAGGGCCUGGACUAUAAGUCCAUGGGCCGGAUGUACUCAGGCCUGGCUCAGACGGGUGCCUGGGGCUGCUUUGAUGAGUUUAACCGCAUCAAUGUGGAGGUGCUGUCGGUGGUGGCCCAGCAGAUCCUGUCCAUCCUUUCUGCCCUGGCUGCCGGCCUCACCCGCUUCUAUUUCGAGGGCUUUGAAAUCAAUCUGGUGUGGUCCUGUGGGAUCUUCAUCACCAUGAACCCUGGCUAUGCUGGCCGCACAGAGCUUCCUGACAAUCUUAAGUCCAUGUUCCGGCCAAUUGCCAUGGUGGUGCCCGACUCUACACUUAUUGCAGAAAUCAUUCUUUUUGGGGAAGGCUUUGGCAACUGCAAGGUUCUGGCCAAGAAGGUGUACACACUUUACUCGCUGGCUGUGCAGCAGCUCUCCAAACAGGACCACUAUGACUUCGGCCUGCGUGCCCUCACCUCCCUCCUGCGCUAUGCUGGCAAAAAGCGCCGCCUGCAGCCCGACCUGUCUGAUGAAGAGGUUCUGCUGCUCUCAAUGAGAGAUAUGAAUAUUGCCAAGCUGACUUCUGUCGACGUGCCCCUCUUCAAUGCCAUCGUGCAAGAUCUGUUCCCCAGCAUCGAGCUGCCGGUCAUUGACUACGGCAAGCUGCGGGAGACCAUUGAGCAGGAGAUUCGGGACAUGGGCCUGCAGCCCACCCCAUUCACCCUCACCAAGGUCAUCCAGUUGUAUGAAACCAAGAACUCCCGCCACUCCACCAUGAUCGUGGGCUGCACCGGCAGUGGCAAGACUGCCUCAUGGCGGAUUCUCCAGUCCUCCUUGUCCUCCCUGUGCCGCGCAGGGGAGCCCAACUUCAACAUUGUCAGGGAGUUCCCUUUGAACCCUAAGGCACUGUCCCUAGGGGAGCUGUAUGGGGAAUAUGACCUCAACACAAAUGAAUGGACGGAUGGCGUCCUGUCCAGUGUCAUGAGGACGGCAUGUGCAGACGAGAAACCAGAUGAGAAGUGGAUCCUUUUCGAUGGCCCUGUGGACACUCUGUGGAUUGAGAGCAUGAACUCUGUCAUGGAUGAUAACAAAGUGCUGACCCUCAUCAACGGAGAGCGCAUCGCGAUGCCUGAGCAGGUGUCUCUCCUGUUCGAAGUGGAGAACUUGGCAGUGGCCUCCCCGGCCACCGUGUCUCGAUGUGGGAUGGUGUAUACCGACUACACAGACCUAGGCUGGAAGCCCUAUGUUCAGUCAUGGCUGGACAAGAGGCCAAAGGUGGAGGCUGAGCCCCUUCAGCACAUGUUCGAAAAGUUCAUCAACAAGAUGUUGACCUUCAAGAAGGACAACUGCAAUGAGCUGGUGCCCCUCCCAGAAUACAGUGGCAUCAUCUCCCUCUGCAAGCUGUACUCCGCCCUGGCCACUCCGGAGAAUGGGGUGAACCCAGCUGACAGUGACAACUUUGCCUCCAUGGUAGAGCUGACAUUUGUGUUCAGCAUGAUCUGGUCGGUGUGUGCCUCCGUGGAUGAGGAGGGCCGCAAGAAGAUCGACAGUUACCUCCGAGAGAUUGAGGGCACUUUUCCCAAUAAGGACACAGUGUACGAGUAUUUCGUGGACCCAAAGAUGCGGAGCUGGACAUCGUUUGAGGAUAAGCUCCCUAAGAGUUGGCGCUACCCUCCAAACUCCCCCUUCUAUAAGAUCAUGGUGCCCACUGUCGACACUGUCCGCUACAACUACCUGGUGAGCACCAUGGUGGCCAGCCAGAACCCCGUGCUGCUGGUGGGUCCUGUGGGAACUGGAAAGACCUCCAUCGCCCAGAGUGUCCUGCAGUCCUUGCCCUCCAGCCAGUGGUCAGUGCUCACAGUCAACAUGUCUGCACAGACCACAUCCAAUAAUGUGCAGAGCAUCAUUGAGAGCAGGGUGGAGAAGCGAACCAAGGGUGUCUAUGUGCCUUUCGGAGGCAAAAGCAUGAUCACCUUCAUGGAUGACCUCAAUAUGCCAGCCAAGGACACGUUUGGGUCCCAGCCCCCGCUGGAGCUGAUUCGCCUCUGGAUUGACUAUGGCUUCUGGUAUGAUCGAACGAAGCAGACCAUCAAGUACAUUCGAGACAUGUUCCUGAUGGCUGCCAUGGGCCCUCCUGGGGGUGGACGGACGGUCAUCUCCCCAAGGCUGCAGAGUCGAUUUAACAUCAUCAACAUGACCUUCCCCACGGAGUCCCAGAUCAUCCGGAUAUUUGGCACCAUGAUCAACCAGAAGCUCCAGGACUUUGAGGAAGAGGUGAAACCCAUUGGGAACGUGGUGACCGAGGCCACCUUGGACGUGUACAAUACUGUGGUGCAGCGCUUCCUGCCCACACCCGCCAAGAUCCACUACCUCUUCAACCUUCGAGACAUCUCCAAGGUGUUCCAGGGCAUGCUGAGGGCCAACAAGGACUUCCACGAUACCAAGUCCAGCAUCACCCGACUUUGGAUCCAUGAAUGCUUCCGAGUCUUUUCUGACCGACUGGUUGAUGCCGCAGACAUGGAAGCCUUCGUGAGCAUCCUAAGUGACAGACUUGGCUCCUUCUUUGACCUGACGUUUCAUAACCUGUGUCCCAACAAACGUUCUCCCAUCUUUGGGGACUUCCUGCGGGAGCCCAAGGUGUACGAGGACCUGACGGAUCUGACGGUCCUGAAGACAGCCAUGGAGACGGCACUCAACGAAUACAACCUGUCACCUGCUGUCGUGCCAAUGCAGCUGGUGCUCUUCCGAGAGGCCAUCGAGCACAUCACACGGAUCGUGCGGGUCAUUGGACAGCCUCGGGGCAACAUGCUCUUGGUGGGCAUUGGGGGCAGUGGGCGGCAGAGUCUGGCCCGCCUGGCCUCAUCCAUCUGCGAGUACAUCACCUUCCAGAUUGAGGUCACCAAACAUUACCGGAGGCAGGAAUUCCGAGAUGAUAUCAAGCGUCUGUAUCGCCAGGCUGGGGUGGAGCUCAAGGCCACGUCCUUCCUUUUCGUGGACACCCAGAUUGCUGACGAAUCAUUCCUAGAGGACAUCAACAACAUCCUUAGCUCGGGCGAGGUCCCCAAUCUCUAUAAGGCGGAUGAAUUUGAAGAGAUCCAGACGCUCAUCAUAGACCAGGCGCGCGCUGAGCAGGUGCUGGAGUCCUCGGACAGCCUCUUCACCUACCUCAUCGAGCGCGUGCGGAACAACCUGCACAUCGUUCUCUGCCUCAGCCCCGUGGGCGACCCCUUCAGGAACUGGAUCCGCCAAUACCCAGCCUUGGUGAACUGCACAACCAUUAACUGGUUCUCAGAGUGGCCACGCGAGGCCCUGCUGGAGGUGGCUGAGAAGUACCUGAUGGGAGCCGAUCUGGGGACCCAGGAGAACAUCCACAAGAAAGUGGCCCAGAUAUUCGUCACCAUGCACUGGUCAGUGGCCACAUAUUCCCAGAAGAUGCUGUUGGAACUUCGGAGACACAACUACGUCACACCCACUAACUACCUGGAACUUGUGUCUGGAUAUAAAAAGUUGCUGGCGGAGAAGCGGCAGGAGCUGCUGGACCAGGCCAAUAAGCUGAGGACAGGGCUGUUUAAGAUCGAUGAAACUAGGGAAAAGGUGGAAGUUAUGUCCUUGGAGCUGGAGGAUGCCAAGAAAAAGGUGGCUGAGUUCCAGAAGCAGUGUGAGGAGUACCUGGUCAUCAUCGUGCAGCAGAAGCGGGAAGCGGAUGAGCAGCAGAAGGCAGUCACAGCCAAUAGCGAAAAGAUCGCAAUUGAGGAAGUCAAGUGCCAGGCACUGGCUGACAAUGCCCAGAAGGAUCUGGAAGAGGCAUUACCAGCCCUGGAAGAGGCCAUGCGGGCCCUGGAGUCUCUGAACAAGAAGGACAUAGGAGAGAUCAAGUCUUACGGACGGCCCCCAGCCCAGGUGGAGAUGGUGUUGCAGGCAGUCAUGAUCCUUCGAGGCAAUGAUCCCACCUGGGCAGAGGCCAAGAGGCAGCUAGGGGAACAGAACUUCAUCAAGUCACUGAUCCACUUCGAUAAAGACAAUAUCUCAGACAAGGUCCUGAAGAAGAUCGGAGCCUACUGUGCCCAGCCCGACUUCCAGCCUGACAUCAUCGGCCGCGUGUCACUGGCCGCCAAGUCUCUCUGCAUGUGGGUUCGGGCCAUGGAGCUCUACGGGCGGCUGUACCGGGUGGUAGAGCCCAAGCGGAUCCGCAUGAAUGCCGCGUUGGCCCAGCUUCAGGAGAAGCAAGCGGCCCUGGCCGAGGCUCAGGAGAAGCUGCGUGAGGUGGCUGAGAAACUGGAGAUGCUGAAGAAACAGUAUGAUGAGAAGCUGGCACAGAAGGAGGAGCUCCGCAAGAGGUCCGAGGAGAUGGAGAUGAAGCUGGAGCGUGCUGGGAUGCUGGUGUCCGGGCUAGCCGGCGAGAAGGCCCGAUGGGAGGAGACAGUGAAGGGCCUGGAGGAGGAUCUGGGCUACCUGGUGGGAGACUGUCUCCUGGCAGCUGCCUUCCUGUCCUAUAUGGGGCCCUUCCUGACCAACUACCGGGAUGAGAUUGUCAACCAAAUCUGGAUCAGGAAGAUUUCAGAGCUGCAGGUUCCUUGCUCACCCCGCUUCACGUUCGAUAACUUCCUGUCCAAUCCUACCAAAGUUCGGGACUGGAACAUUCAAGGGCUGCCCUCGGAUGCCUUCUCCACUGAGAACGGCAUCAUUGUCACCCGUGGCAACAGGUGGGCACUGAUGAUUGAUCCGCAGGCCCAGGCCCUGAAAUGGAUCAAGAACAUGGAAGGAAAUCAGGGCCUACAGAUCAUCGACCUGCAGAUGAACGAUUACCUCCGAAUCCUAGAAAACGCCAUCCAGUUUGGAUAUCCAGUUCUGCUCCAGAACGUGCAGGAAUAUCUGGAUCCCACACUCAACCCUGUGCUCAACAAAUCUGUAGCUCGCAUUGGUGGUCGGUUGCUGAUGCGGAUCGGAGAUAAGGAGGUGGAAUACAAUCCUAACUUCCGUUUCUACAUCACCACCAAGCUCUCCAACCCCCACUACAGCCCAGAGACCUCAGCCAAGACCACCAUUGUCAACUUCGCUGUCAAAGAACAGGGCCUGGAGGCCCAACUGCUGGGCAUUGUGGUCCGGAAGGAGCGGCCGGAGCUGGAGGAGCAGAAGGACUCGCUGGUCAUCAAUAUCGCUGCUGGCAAAAGGAAGCUCAAGGAGCUGGAGGAUGAGAUCCUUCGGCUGCUGAACGAGGCCACGGGCUCCCUGCUAGAUGACGUGCAGCUGGUGAACACCCUGCGGACCUCCAAGAUAACCGCUACCGAGGUGACCGAACAGCUGGAGACCAGUGAAACCACGGAGAUCAACAUCGACCUGGCCCGAGAGGCUUACCGCCCGUGCGCCCAGCGGGCCUCUGUGCUGUUCUUCGUGCUCAACGACAUGGGCCGCAUCGACCCGAUGUACCAGUUCUCCCUGGACGCCUACAUCAGCCUCUUUAUCCUCAGCAUCGACAAGAGCCAUCGCAGCAACAAGCUGGAGGACCGCAUCGACUACCUGAACGAGUACCACACCUACGCUGUCUACAGGUACACCUGCCGCACACUUUUUGAGCGCCACAAGCUGCUAUUCAGUUUUCAGAUGUGUGCCAAAAUCCUGGAGACUUCUGGGAAACUCAACAUGGAUGAAUACAAUUUCUUUCUACGCGGGGGCGUGGUCUUGGAUCGCGAGGGCCAAAUGGAUAACCCAUGUACCACCUGGCUUGCAGACGCCUACUGGGAUAAUAUCACAGAACUGGACAAACUGACCAACUUCCAUGGGCUCAUGAACUCCUUUGAGCAGUAUCCUCGGGACUGGCACCUGUGGUACACCAACGCCACCCCCGAGAGGGCCAUGCUGCCAGGUGAGUGGGAAAACGCCUGCAAUGAAAUGCAACGAAUGCUGAUUGUUCGCUCCCUGCGCCAGGACCGCGUGGCCUUCUGUGUAACUUCUUUCAUCGUGUCCAACCUUGGCUCCCGCUUCAUUGAGCCUCCUGUGCUAAACAUGAAGUUGGUGAUGGAGGACUCGGCCCCACAGACCCCACUGGUGUUCAUCCUGUCCCCUGGCGUGGACCCCACCAGUGCCUUGCUCCAGCUGGCUGAGCAUACAGGCAUGGCCCAGCGCUUCCAUGCCCUGUCUCUGGGCCAGGGCCAGGCCCCCAUCGCGGCUCGGCUUCUCCGAGAGGGUGUGGUUCAGGGACACUGGGUGUUCCUCGCCAACUGCCACCUGUCGCUGUCCUGGAUGCCGAACCUGGAUAAACUGGUGGAGCAGCUGCAGGUGGAAGAUCCUCACCCUUCCUUCCGCCUCUGGCUCAGCUCCAGCCCCCACCCAGACUUCCCCAUCUCCAUCUUGCAGGCCAGCAUCAAGAUGACCACAGAGCCACCAAAGGGCCUAAAGGCUAACAUGACCCGUCUUUACCAACUGAUGACAGAACCACAGUUUUCCCGCUGCUCCAAACCCACCAAGUAUAAGAAGCUGCUGUUCGCACUGUGCUUCUUCCACUCUGUGUUACUUGAACGCAAAAAGUUCCUGCAACUUGGCUGGAACAUCAUCUAUGGCUUCAAUGACUCUGACUUUGAGGUGUCCGAGAACUUGCUGAGCCUCUACCUGGACGAGUAUGAGGAGACGCCCUGGGAUGCACUCAAGUACCUCAUCUCCGGGGUCAACUAUGGUGGACAUGUCACGGAUGACUGGGACCGGCGCCUGCUCACCACCUACAUCAACGACUAUUUCUGUGACCAGGCUCUCUCGACUCCCUCCUACCGGUUGUCAGUGUUGGAGACCUAUUUUAUCCCCAAGGAUGGGAGCCUGGCCUCGUACAAAGAGUACAUAAGCAUGUUGCCUGGCAUGGAUCCCCCAGAGGCUUUUGGCCAGCACCCCAAUGCCGACGUGGCCUCCCAGAUCACGGAGGCACGCACUCUCUUUGAGACUCUGCUUUCCCUGCAACCCCAGAUUACACCCACCAGGGCCGGAGGCCAGAGUCGGGAGGAGAAGGUCCUUGAGUUGGCUGCCGAUGUGAAACAGAAGAUCCCGGAAAUGAUCGACUAUGAGGGGACCCGAAAACUACUGGCUAUGGACCCCUCCCCACUCAAUGUGGUCCUUUUGCAGGAGAUUCAGAGAUACAACAAGCUGAUGGAGACCAUCCUCUUCUCACUGACAGACCUAGAGAAAGGCAUCCAGGGCCUCAUCGUCAUGUCUACCAGCCUGGAAGAGAUUUUCAAUUGCAUUUUUGAUGCCCAUGUCCCUCCGCUCUGGGGAAAGGCCUACCCCUCACAGAAGCCAUUGGCUUCAUGGACCCGGGACUUGGCCAUGCGUGUGGAGCAGUUUGAGAUGUGGGCCAGCCGCGCACGGCCUCCUGUGAUCUUCUGGCUCUCUGGCUUCACCUUUCCCACUGGCUUCCUCACUGCCGUGCUGCAGUCUUCAGCUCGCCAAAACAAUAUUUCAGUGGACAGCCUCUCUUGGGAGUUUAUCGUUUCCACUGUGGAUGACAGCAACCUAGUGUAUCCACCCAAGGAUGGUGUCUGGGUUCGGGGUCUAUACCUGGAGGGUGCUGGCUGGGACCGGAAGAACUCCUGCUUGGUGGAAGCAGAGCCCAUGCAGCUUGUCUGCCUCAUGCCCACCAUCCACUUCCGGCCUACUGAGAGCCGCAAGAAGAGUGCCAAGGGCAUGUAUUCCUGUCCCUGCUAUUACUAUCCCAACCGGGCAGGCAGCUCAGACCGCGCAUCCUUCGUCAUUGGCAUCGAUCUCCGCUCUGGGACCAUGACCUCUGAUCAUUGGAUUAAGAGGGGCACUGCUCUACUCAUGAGCCUGGAUAACUGA